AUGCUUAAGACCUGGCAGCCACGGGGUGAGCAAGCAGAGGCUAUUGAACGUCAACGUCGUUUAUUUCCAUCUAGUGUGGAAGAAGCAUGUGCAUAUGGAAGUCUUGCCCAUGUUAUUACAUUUUGGGCACAGGGUCAAGAAUUGAAAAACCGCGUUUCUAUUUACGAGGGAACAGAUGCCACACCACUUAUGUGGGCUGCACUGCGUGGUCACCAACACGUUGUUCGCUUUCUUCUUGACCAGGAAGUGGAUGUAAAUAGUGCAAAUAGUAUGGGACAUACAGCUCUGUUAUGGGCACUAACAGGUGGACACUACGAAAUUGUACGAUUACUUCUUGAUAAUGGAGCAGAUAUCAAAUUAAAGGAUAAACAAGGGUAUAAUGCUUAUUUUUUGGCUGUACAGAAUAAUAAUCUUCCAAUGCUCUUAAUGCUAUGUGAGUUUCAUCCUAUUGAAGAGCAAGAUCGAGAUGAGGAUGGCCAUUCCUUGAUGCACUGGGCUGCCUACAAUAAUUCUGCUGUUAUAUGUCAGUACCUUAUUGAGAAAUGUCAUCUAGAAAUAAACACCCCUGAUAAUAAUGGACGCACACCACUUAUAUGGGCUGCCCGUGAAGGAUAUGCUGAAGUCAUUGAAUACCUUCUCUCAUGUGGUGCUCGUACAGAUUUGAAAGACAUGGAUGGUUAUACAGCUCUUCAGUAUGCACAGUAUCGUAACCACCGAGAAAGUGUAUAUGUCUUAACGCAAUAUUCUCUAUUACGAUCAAAUGGUUUUAAUUCACAAAGAACAAGUGAUACAUCACCCUCCCUUUUAUCGUUAAAAGGUUACACCAAUGUACAAGAAAACAGACGCCGUGGUACAAUUACAAUGAUGCUUCGUGAACCACUCUUCUUUUUCAUGUCUAUCUUUGGUUCUGUACAUGUAUUACUUUCAUUUUUGGCAACUAUGUUUAUUCCACCAAUAUUGAGUCAUGCAGUAUUGGGACCUUUUUUCUUUAAAAAUACACUAUGGAUGCUGUUACUUGGACAUCCAGUACAAGGUGGUAAACCGGAAUUAACAUCAAUGCAAAAAAUGGGAAUUGCCAGUAAUUUUGCCGAUUCUAUUCGUGGUAUAUGGCUUUUCAGAAAUCGAGAUGCAUCUUGUCUUUUCGCAUUAAUUACGUUUUUAAUAAUACAACAACUUGCUUGGGCAAAAAUGGGUCUUGCACCUAUACUAUGGUAUUAUCCUACAGAGCAGGUGGUUCUUAAAAGCUGUAAAGUGGAAAGUAUUUUUGCAUCUGGGAGAAAUAGGUGGUGGGGAACCUUUUUUGAAAGCAGAGCCGAUUUACAACAAUUCGUUGUUGUAUCUCUUCUUUGUAUUACUGGGAUAAGUGUGAUCAUGUGCAAAUUGUUGGCGAUGCGUUCUGUUUGUGAAACUAAAACAUGUACCCUUGAAACUUCACCUGUUUGGCCAUUAAUAAAAAAAUCUGCAUACCGUUGGUUCCAUCCUCGUAUUUUAUGGGUAGAUCGACAUAUUAUGAUACCUCUUCGAACUUUUUAUUGUUAUGAGCGUGAUGUUCUUCUUCGUCGUUUUGAUAGUUAUAGCAUUGCUCUUGAUUGCCCUAUUGCAGAGAGUAAUCAUAUUUGGUUCUUUAUCUUUGUUAAUAGCUUUGCAACUCUUCAAUGGAUUAUCUUUUCCUGGACAUGGGAACAAACAAGUGAAUUGUUGGAAUGCCCUGAGUAUGCAUCUUUUGGUGAAUGGUUUAUUGGUUCACUUUGGAAUCUCCUUAUUCACGGAUUACCGUGUCGUGAUGAUACUCAAGAGAGUGAUGCCUUGGAUAAUUGGCGUCUCUGGCUGCAGUAUAUCCUUCCCACCAGUGCCAAUCACCUCGGUGUGUGGUUGUUGCAAUUCACCUUCUUUGCAGCGAUCAUGUCUACAUUUGUGGUAUUGCGACAGUGGUCAGGCGUGGCAAGAGGGGCAACCCGCAUGGAAAUGGCAAACCCCACAGCCACAAGCAGCAUUGGUGGUUUGGUGAGUAUAUUCCCAUCCACAUCAUUAACUUCAGAGCCGUGGGUCCCACCAGAAAGUGUCGUGGAUGAAACCGCAAAACUCGAUACAGAUCAUCCUGGGGGUUCUAUGCCCAUACAGAGAGAAGGUAAAUGGCAUGUAUUUCAUUCUAUAUAUGCAAACAGUAGAAAUCCUAUUGUAAAUAUUGGUAGUUUUCUCAUUGGAAUUGCGGGAAGACGUUGGCAGAAUGCAAUGGCGAUUUCACCAACAAAUACCCCAGCAUCUAAUAUAGUACCACUAAGUGAAAAUGCAGUGCUGUAG